AUGACAGAGGACCAGGCAACCAGGCUGGCGACGGUGACGGCGACGGCGACUGCGACGUUGCCAGAUCGGUCGACGCUCGGACCCGACCACCACCGCUGGCUCCACCAACCCGAAACACCCUCGUCCUCGGGGCAGGCGAGCGAUCAGCUCACCCCGGACAGCGACUCGGGCGGAGGAGAUGAUGACGGCGCCACGGACGAGGCCGGGCCGCUGGGCCGCCGCGGAGCCGGGGGUUAUGGGCUCCAGGGCGGCUCCAAGUCCGGGCGCGAGGCUGCGACGGACUACGGCUCCGACGACUACGGCAGCGGGGCCGGGGAAGGGAGCGGGGCGGGGAGCGGGGCGGGGAGCACAGUCCGCAGCUUCGAACUGUACACGCCUGACGAGGAACGGGCGGUCGUGAGGAAGUUGGAUCGUCGGCUGGUGCUCUUCAUGGCGAUGCUGUAUAUGCUCAGCUUCCUCGAUCGCACGAACAUCGGAAAUGCCCGCAUCGCCGGGAUGGACGACGACUUGCAGUCCACCCCGAGGCGAGACGAUUGGUACGAGUGGGCGCUGACGGCCUUCUACAUCGCCUACAUCGCGUUUGAAUGGAUGGCCAUCCUCUGGCGGCUUAUCCCCGCCCACAUCUUCGUCUCCGUCGUCGUGCUGUCCUGGGGCUUGACGGCCUCGCUGCAGGCCGUCGCCGUGAACUACCCAAUGCUGAUAUUCCUGCGGACACUGCUGGGCAUCGGCGAGGCGGCUUUCACAGGGGUGCCCUUCUACCUGUCCUUCUUCUUCAAGCGCCACGAGCUGGCGUUCCGGACCGCCAUCUUCAUAUCCGCCGCUCCCCUCGCAUCCACCUUCGCCUCCUCCCUAGCCUGGCUCAUCGUCAAGCUCGGCGAGUCCGGCCCCAUCGCGCCCUGGCGCCUGCUCUUCCUCGUCGAGGGCCUCCCGUCCGUCCUCGCCGCCGCCGUGGCCUGGAACGUCGUCCCCGACUCCCCGCAGACGGCCUCCUACCUGACGGCCCGCGAGAAGCGCGUCGCGCACCUGCGCCUGCGGAACGAGUGGCCCGAGCCGCGCCAUCACCGCCGAGGGCGGCGGGGAGGAGGCAAGUCCGGCGACGACGACGACGACAACAACAGCGGCGGAGGGGGCGAGAGCGCCGGCGGGCUGGACGGGCGCGACGUCCUCUCCGCGGCCCUCGACCCGGUGGCCUGGCUGACGGCGUCCAUCUUCUUCCUCGCCAACAUGGCCUACUCGUCCCUGCCCGUCUUCCUCCCCACCAUCCUGACGGGCAUGGGCCACUCCCCGCUAGCAGCCCAGGCCCUCGCCGCUCCCCCAUACCUCCUCUCCUUCGCAACCGUCCUCCUCGCCGCCCGGGCCUCGGACCGCGCCCACGCCCGCGGCGCCUUCAUCGCGGGCCUGGCCCUCGCCUCGGCGGCGGGGUACGGCGUCCUCGCCGCGACGGCCGGGCGGGUGUCGGUGGGCAACCCGUGGAGGUACGCGGCCGUCUUCCCCGCCGCGGCGGGCUUCUUCGGCGUCGUCGUCCUGACCGUCGCGUGGGCCGUGGGGAACUCGGGCUCCCCCUCGCGGAGGGCGGGCGGGUUUGCCCUGCUCCAGGCCGUCGGCCAGUGCGGGCCCCUCGUGGGGACGAGGCUGUACCCCGUGGCGCACGCGCCGUUCUACGCGCCCGGGAUGGCCAUCUGCGCUGUGGCAAUGGUGGGUGUCGCGGUGCUGGCCGUGGGUUUGCGGUUGUACCUCGCGCGGCUGAAUCGGAGGAUGGACGAGGAGGCGGAGGGCGCUGUGGCGGCGGGGGAGGUCGGGGAGGCGGAGGAGGCGGAGGGGUUGGUCAGUCGUGCGAGGGGGGGUGGUGGCGGUGCGGCGAGGGAUCGGUUUAGGUACAUACUAUAG